GAUUUUUGCUCGCCCAAGUUACCAUACUUGGAAUGUGACACACAAAACAAUGUAGUUAAACUUGAUUUCGAAAAUUAUCCCCAAACAUCGAAUGAAAUUAUACAAAAUACUGAUAUAAGUUGUAUUGGGCCUAAAUUCAAAUGGAUGAGCACUAACAAUUGGAAUAUAGCCAAUAACUUUUUUGAUUUUGAAAAUCAUUUCGAAUACCCAAUUAAAUCAAAUGAGUUCUCUGUAACAUUAAAAUCAAGAGUUGAGGAACCUAUUUUACUAUCAAAACUUGCUCAGCCUUUGAAAAGUUUAUGUUAUUUUCUGAAUCAUCGACUAGAUCAAAAUAAAUAUAGUGUAUAUAUAAACAAUGAUCUUAUCAAUACUCCAAGUGACCCUCUUUCAUUCAUUCGAGCCUCGUUUGUUACAAGAAAUAUCCCGUCAAUGGCGAAUAUAAAAGGAACUAAUAUUAUAACAUAUUUUUUAGGGGAAGACUUUGAUCAUAAUUCUUUCAGCAAUUUAUCAACACACAACCAAAUUUCAAAAUUAAGUAUAGAAGGUGGUAACUACCCAAUGUUUCCAUUAUCUAUAUUAUUAAAUAUGGAAGGCCCAACAAGUGAUGAUAAUUCAUAUCUAUAUAGGUAUAAUAUUCAAUCACCAACAGAAUUUAUAGAUUUUUCAGGAAAAACCUCCAUCAGUUCAAUAUCUUUUGCUCCAGCUAGCGAUUUCCAUGUUAAAGGUGAAUUUCCUUUUUCAAAACUUCCAAAUGGAAUCCAAUUUUUUGAUUACAACAUUGGAAAUUUAAAAAAACUCCCAGACUAUAGAAUAUUUGAUUAUACAGAUAUUUAUUAUUUUUCAUGUUAUGCUCAUCCAUUAACACAAGAUUUACCAAAAUGGGAUGGCUCAAAAAAUAAUAUAACAACAUUAAUGUUAUCGCAAAAUUUACUAACUGGUACCAUUGACGAAUCAUAUUGUUCUGUUAUUUUAAUAGUAUACAGUAAUCUAUUGACAGGAUUAAUACCAGAAUGUUUUACAUGUCACUUUGCUAUUCCAAGUUUUAAAUCAUAUUUUUAUGGAAAUUCAUUUGAUAAUUACGAUACAAUAGGAACAUGCAAAACCAUUCCAAAAUUAAAAUACAAGAAUGAAACUAUACUUUUAAGAAGUAAAUAUAUAACCGCACCAAUAUUAUCACUAGUGGGCCAAAAUGUUGGAUAUUCGUCAGACGAUAUUCAAUCAAAUCCAUAUGUAGAUUUUUAUUAUUUAGAAAAAGCAAAUUCUAAAUUUUUCGCUCGUUCGUAUUCACUAAAUAGAAUUAUUCAUACAAUUAAAUUCGCAAGUACUGGUCAAGAAUUUACAUUAACUCCAGAUCCAUAUCCACCAUUAUUAUCAAAUAUAACAUCAAAUAAUCAUAUUUUAGUAUUCAAAGGUUUAUAUUAUUCAUACGAUAUCACUGAAAUAACAAUUACAAUUGGUGAUAAAUCUUGUGAUGUAACUGAUUCAACAUUUUAUCAAAUCACAUGUACUUUAACAACAUAUCCAAAUCAACUGAAUAAUGUAUCAGGCACACUCAAAGUAGAUCAAUUACAAACAACAUUCAAUUUAAAUUUAGAUAACAACGAUGGUAAUGAAGUAUUCAACAACUAUACAUCAUGUCCAGACAACUGUGAAUCAUAUAAUGGUAAUAUAUGCAACUAUAAUACUGGUAUUUGUGAAUGCUCUGAUGUAAUCGUAUAUCAAAAUGGAAUCACAUGGAAAUCAUUCAACUUUUUUGUAUACCAAUCAAAACAACAAACAUGUUUAAACAACUGUAUCGAUACUAACCAUGGUAUUUGUAAUACAUCAAAUGGUAUUUGCGAAUGUAAAUCAGGAUGGACUGGAUUCGAUUGUAUAUUCAACAGCUAUACAUCAUGUCCAGACAACUGUGAAUCAUAUAAUGGUAAUAUAUGCAACUAUAAUACUGGUAUUUGUGAAUGCCCCAAAGACUGGACCGGUGAAAACUGUUAUACUCCAAAGCAUUAUGUAUCAUCAAUUACACCAACAUACGAAGAUGGUGGAUUAGUAACAAUGAAUGGAUGGCUCGGCGAUAUUCAUCAAAAUUUAAAAGUAACAAUCGGUAAUCAAGAAUGUAAAAUAGAUACAAUAUCAUCAAAUACAAUCACAUGCAACAUUGGAGCAGGUACAGGUAAAAAAGAUGUAAUCGUAUAUCAAAAUGGAAUCACAUGGAAAUCAUUCAACUUUUUUGUAUACCAAUCAAAACAACAAACAUGUUUAAACAACUGUAUCGAUACUAACCAUGGUAUUUGUAAUACAUCAAAUGGUAUUUGCGAAUGUAAAUCAGGAUGGACUGGAUUCGAUUGUAGUUCACCUUCAAAUAACAACAACAAUAACAAUGGUAAUACCAACAGUACAGUUAAUCCAGACGGUUCAACAACAAUUAAUAACGAUCAAACAACAUACAAUAUAUUAAUCACAUCAUUAUUAGAACUCGAUAUCAACAGUGACACAGUUAAACAAUAUCCACUUCAAAAUAAUUGGAAUGUUACAUCAAAUGAUAAAAACGGAUCAAAUGUAACAUUCACACAAAUAUUAAAUGAAACUGAAUGUCAAAUCGUAUUAUCAAUUCAAGAAAUAGAAAAUGAUAUUCAAUAUUCAUUUGCAGGUUUAGAAUUCAAAUUAGAUAAAGGUUCAAUUAAAGUAUCAGUAUCAAUUCACAAUUACAACUAUCAAAGUCCACUCAAUACAUUACAAUUACAAAUGAUAUCAAAUGUAUCAGAUACAACAUCGAACGAUUGUAACAGUAAAUCAGCAUCAACUUCAACAUCAAUAUUAGAUAAUCAAACAUUAAACUAUAUAUCGAUCAACAAAGACAACAAGAUUCUAUAUGGUAGAUUUAUAAACAGAGCAAUAUCAGAUGGACACACUACAUUAAUCACCACAUCAUUAGUAUCGAGUCAAAACGAAUCAAUAACCAUUGGUAUUAACAUUCCACAUUGCAGAACAUCAUGCUAUAUCGAUCCUGACUUUUCAGUAUUGAUUAAUUCCAAUUUCAAAUCAAACUGUGACGAAUCCAAAAACCAUACUACUCUAAUUGCAGUUCUUAUAAGCUGUAUUGGUGCAGCUGUUAUUAUCAUUUUAGCAGGAGCUUAUUAUUUAUUAUAUAAAAAAAGUACCAAAACUAAAAUUAUAGUUUUUAAACUUAAAAAAAAAAUUAAAAUGGCUAAAUAA